UCCGAGUUAUUUUUUUUGUCUAAUGGAAAGCUUUGCUUCCUUAAUGCCACCUUUUUAUCUGCUCCUGAGAAAAUUAUGAAGCUGUCAGCUUGGGCAGAGCUGCAUCACCUUGUGGGGCCAGGCCUGUCUGAUUCACUGCCAAGCUAACCAGAAAACCUAAGGCUGAAGGAGAUACCAUCAGAGUGGAGAUGUGAUUUAGCGUUACUGCAGGCACACCUCGGAAAACAAAGAGCAACAGCCAAAAUGAACAAGAUGAGUAUCUUCAGGAAGCCUCUCAGCGUGCCUCUUUCCUCCUGGAAAGCAGUGGUGGGGUUCUGCUGCGAUGGGCACUGUGAAAGGUGGUGGGCUGCCUGGAGCACACGGCGUCCGUCUGUUUGUCACCAGUUUGGCUGCAGUCUCUUCAUUGUUCUCAAUUCGUGUCCUCCACGCUCUGGGUUGAACUCAGGCUUUUAACAAUGGCUCCUCAGUGCCCUCCCCGAUGUCUGCAACUCCCACACACGGGUGUUGAGUGGUGACAACAGUCAGUGUGCCUGCUUAGCGUGGCUGCUUGUUGGAGUGGCCCACGACUGAUGAGCUGGGCAGAGGGACUCCUCAGUUUGUUUUGUGCCCCGAUGCCGUUGGGUGUUUUCCGUCUCACAAUUGGGUGUAUCAGCCCCGUGUCUCUGUUGAGCUGUGUUUUUUACCCCUUGUGGUUUCCCACAGCUCCACUUUUCAGACUUCCAUUUACGCGGCUGCUGCCUCCCACCCAUGGCACAUCCCUGCUGAAGAUUUACUUUUUUGGUUUUUCUCUCUGCCCUUUUAAGGCACUGCUUGUUUGCAAGGUAAUGACUCGAUGUGGCAACCCCUUCUUUCCUUACGUUCACCUGCAGACACAGCUGGCUCCAAAACCAGCUCUACAGGAGCAGAGAGCAGCAGAGGGUGCUCUUGUGAGCUGGGUGCCUGCAGAGCCUGCUCGCAGACAAGGCGGGGAGAAGCCCAGCCUGCUGCUGGGUGAAACAACAAGCUCUGCAGGUCAGGAAGCUGUGGUCUGCAUGGUAUCUGCACAGAGCUGCCUGCCGAGAAUGAGCUGAAGAGUGGGAGAACUUGGAUGGAGAUGCUCGGAGUGUUUGGGAGCCCCUGAUGAGGAGCAGGCUUGUGGUUUAAAGGAGACAAAGUUCUCAGUUGACUGACAAGGAGGCAGGCAUGGCUGGAUUCCUGUUCUUCACGCUCACCAGUUUCUGAGGUUCUGCAAAAGCUCAGCCCUGCAGCACUCACAGAAGCGGUGCCCCAUGGCUGUGACCCACAGUGAGGGGCUGCUGGGACCCCCACCCCUGGUGGCCCUCGCUGUACUGGCCCUGCUCGGAGGCCUGGUUUACCUGUGCACCCUGUGUGCUGCCUGCCCACGCCACGGCAGGAGAAAGAAGGUCCCUCCAGACGGCGUGAAGCUGGUGGAUGAGUCCCUGCUCAGACAGACACAGCUGCGCUCGCUCAGCAAGUCGGACACGAGGCUCCAUGAGCUGUACCGCCUGAAGGCCAAGGACAACAACCAGCGCCCGGCCAGCUUGGAUUUCCCCCUCUCCUCACUGCCUCCUGACUCCCCGCACAGCUCCGUCCUCCUGCACCGCCAGCUGCCCCUCAUCCCCAGCUCUGAGACUGCAGCUCCCGACCAGACCUACUCCAACCUGCCCUUCGCCCCACCGCAUCGUGCGCCCCCAGACACGCUCUACGAGUGCCUGGCAAUGGGGGGGGAUGAUGCACCUACUGCCACUGGGACCCCAGCGUCCCCCCCUCGGGUCAGGCAAGGGGCUGCUGACUAUGCCUGCAUCCGGAAGGUGAAGAAGACGGUGCCAGAGGAGCACGAGGGGGCCGUGGUGGGACCCUCUGCAGCCCCACAGUGCUGGGAAGGUGCAAGCGAUGCACCCCAUCUGAAGCUGGAAGAUAUGUACUCAACGGUGUGCAAAGCCACCAAGAAGAGGAACCAUGGCCCUGCAGCAUCCCCCAGGGACGGGGGAUCCGGGCGGCCACCCCCACCCCACGAGGAGCCUCCCCCAGCUGCCUGCUGGCCCACGGCCCCCCCCGAGCCCUGCUAUGAGGCCAUCAAUGACAGAGCCUGGGCUGCACGUGGCCCUGAGCCAGACUAUGAGGCUGUGGACGUUCGCUGGAAGAAGGCAGCAAAACGGGAGCGGCCGGGGAAGCCUUGCCAGCAGGACAACCUCUAUGAGAGCGUUGGUGAUAUGUGGGGAGGGGAAUCUCGGGGAGCUUCUGGCUGGACAGCUGCCAAUGGGCUGCAGGUGUACAUCACCAACCUAUAGCAAUCCUAAGGCGGGCAGGUGGAUGGAUGGACAGAUGGAUGGAUGGAUGGAUGGAGGUUGGGCACUGAGGCUCUGCCCCGCAAGGUGGGGACGGGCACACAGCUGUGCCAAAUGUGAGCUCUGUAUAUAUUUUGAGUUACUUUUCUUUAAGCAUCCUUGUCCUGUCCCACCUGGUGCCAGCAGGUUGGCACCGAGAUGCUCCAGCCGGGUGGGCAUGGUGGGAUGCCUGGUGCUACCUCUGGUGUUCCAUGGGAACUCCAUGAGGGGGUUGGGGCCGUUGCCAUGAGGCAGCUCCAGGCAUGGACUGUAGGACUGGGUCACCCAUCAGCAGAGAUGCUGGAGCAGAAUGGGGCCCUUCCAGCAGUGGGAGCCGUGAGCAGCUCCACUCCAUCUCCCAGUGACCCCGAGGUAACUGUGGGAUGGCUGCACGUCCCCACUGUCCCCUGGCACUUUCCACCUCCAUCACUUUUGGGCAAAUGUGACACCUCCAUGAGCAGCAUCCUACAAACCCGUUGCUUUAUCAUUUGUCCUGCUGGUAAGAAAACACCUUUAAACUCCAUCCCAAACCCUCACCCGUGGUGGCACCGUGGCGGGCUCACAGUCACGUGCUGGACCUGCACCAAUGCUCCAAAACACCUGCAUGGCUGCAGCCACCGGGCGCUGCCGCAGUGGGACCAGGCAGGGUCGUGUCACAGCGGUGCCAAAGCCGGGGCUCUGCCCACCCUGAUGCUGCAGCACAGGAGGGAAAGAAGGAAGGAAACCGUGCGCCCGCCUCCUCCACAUUUUGCCCUCGAUCGAAGCAGGCGAAGAGCUGAAAACCGAAAACACGGCGCUCAGCAGAAUGCCGGGGACGUUACGCCCUGUGCACGGGGAGGAACGGGGUGCUGGCGCUGAGAUGAACCGGGUGCCAAACCGCAGCGUGCACCGAGCGCAGCCGGGCCCAUCCCCCUGCGAGAUGGGGGCCCGAUAGGAAAGGGCACGGGGCGGGGCGCGGGGAUGCUGCGCACGUGGGCUCGCUGCUGAGCUGCUGCUCGUCCCUGCCCCAUUUUCCCCAUCCCCGUUUUCCACAUCCCUAUUUUCACCACCUUCUCCAUCCUCUUUUCCCCAUCCCUUUUUCCGCAUCUCUAUUUUCCCCACGUCUCCUUUUCUCCAUCCCCCUCCUUCUCUUUCCCCAUAUUCCCCAUCCCUAUCCUUCCCCAUCCCCUUUUCUCCAUCCCUCCCCGACCCCCCCUCCUUUCUCCACUGCUGUUUUCUCCACCCCACUCCCCAUCCCACCACGUGCUGCAUGUUGUAGGGUGCAGUGCUGUAUGCCAUGCGGUGCUGCAUGAUACAUGGCGCUGUAUGCUCUGCUGCACCCCAUCCGGUGCUGCACCCCAUACCCUUCUCCUGCCCAUGCAGCCCCCAGCACCACCUUGGGGGCUCUGUACCCCAGCACAGCUCAUAGGGCCUGUAUGUCACUAUACAGCCCCUAUAGUCCCACACCCCCCUUGUGCAAUGCACCCAAGGUGCUGGCUCAGUUGCACAAUGUGGGCUCGAUCGCUCUGCUGUUAACCAUUAACCCAAGGUGGGGGCUGGGGGGAGCCCCUGCCCUGCUGCCCCAACCCCUGGUGGCUGCACCCCAUCAUUGCUAAUUAACUGCCCCAGGGCCGCCCUCUUCAUUGCGCACAGAGGGAUGAGGGGGCACUCAGGGACACCACAGGUAGGGCUGCUGGGGGGUGCAUAAGGGGGGACAUCUGCACGGACUCUGUCCUGACCUUCAGGCCCCAAAUCAAACGUCACAGAGCCAGGGCGGCACCCAGCACUCUCAGCCCCACAAGUAGAAUGUGGGUCGUGCCAGCCUGAGCGCUCGUGUCCCCCCAGAAAUUCAACUGCCCCACAGACCACAUGCACCCCAUGCCUUUUGGCCCCCCAGCGCACCCUGUGCAGCUCUGGGCAUCCCGUGAAAACAGGUUUCACCCAGAGCCCUGUGCACACCUGCAGCCUUUGGGAGACCCCAAAACUCAUCCUGGCUGGUAACAAAGGUUUUGUAGGGGACACCCUGUCAUUACGGGUGGGGUGACACGGUUGGGGUGGCCCCGUACUUUUGCAGAAGUGCUGUGGCUUAGGGGGAAUCCUCUAAUUGGGGAGAGGGCGUGACUUUGGGGGCAGCCCUACAAUUGCCAGGGAGCCCAAGGGCUGAUGGAGGAGCUCUGCAACUUCCAGGGUUCCCUGGGGGUUUUCUGGGAGGGGACUCCCAAUUUUUGCAGAAUCUGGGGGAGGGGGCAGCAAAACUUUUUGGGGAGCGCUACAGAUGAGGGGGAGCGCUGUGAUUUUGGGGGUGCAGCUUUGGAGAGCACAACUUUUUUGACGGCAGCAACUUUUUUUUCGGGGUAGGUACGACCGUUUCGGAGGUGCGGCUCUCGGUCGGGCCCUGCGGCUCUCAGCCCUCCGGCUUGGAA